GCACCAGCGAGCGAGCGUGCCGCUCUUUCGCGGCAUCGCCUGCCCCAUUUGAUGAGCCUACACCCACAGGCGGGCCGCGCCGCGGCACGCGCGGCAGAGCAUGGAGCCAUCGCCGGCCUGGCCGCCGCCACCUCCAGGAUCGCCUCCCACGGCCGCGCCGGCGACGCCGCCGCGGCGCGCGCCGUGUUCGACGCGAUGCCCCGCCGCGACGCCGUCGCGUGGAACGCCAUGCUCACCGCCUACGCCCGCGCCGGCCAGCCGCGCGCGGCCCUCGCGCUCUUCGCCGGCAUGGGCACGCCGGACGCCUUCUCCCUCACCGCAGCGCUCUCCGCGGCGGCCUCCCUCCGCUGCCCUCACGCAGGCGCGCAGCUCCACGCCCGCCUCCUCCGCCUCGGCCUGCGCGCGCCGCUCCCCGUCGGCAACGCGCUCGUCGCCAUGUACGCCAGGUGCGCCCGCGCAGACGACGCCGCGCGCGCCUUCCGGGAGAUGCGCGACCGCAACGCGCUGUCGUGGUGCUCGCUCCUCCACGCCUACGUCGCCUCGGGCCGUAUGGCGCUGGCGCGCGAGCUGUUUGACGAAAUGCCCGCUGGAAGCAUCAGCAGUGUUGCCUGGAACACGCUGCUCACGGGGUAUUCCCGCAGUGGCAAUGCCGAGCAGUGUCUGCUUCUGUUCAACGAGAUGCGGGUGUCGGGGCUGUCUUGCGACGAUGCAACGCUCUGCAUUCUAAUCGACGCUUGCACGGAGCUGCGCUACCCAUCCACCGGGGUUGCAGUCCACAAGAUCGUUGUGCAGAGUGGCUGGAAUGCAAUCCCCGAAGUCAAUAACUCACUUAUUUCCUUCUACAGUAAGUUCAGCUUGCUAGAUCAUGCCGUCAAGAUCUUCGAGUCUAUGGUGAGUAGAACCGUCGUGUCCUGGAAUUCACUGAUCGAUGCAUACACAAGGCUUGGCCACAUUGAACAAGCUGCUGCUCUGUUUCAAAGUGCUCCUGAGACCAAUGCCAUCUCCUGGACUUCGAUGAUUGGAGGUUUUGCGAGGAAUGGCUGCGCAGAUGAUGCCCUUGCACUAUUUGUCAAGAUGCUGGCACACGAGCAUAUCUGUCGAUAGUAUAUGAUAAUUAGGGUUGUCGAUAGUAUGCGCCUGCCCAUUGAGCCAUCCAGUGCAGACGGCGGUCGAUAGUAUAUGAUAAUUUGCCUCCAAUUUGUUGAAAAAAAA